AUGGCCUCGGCGGCGGCGGGCGAAGCGGAAGAGACCACCCGGCUGCGCAAGCCGCGCUUCUCGUUCGAGGAGAACCAGAUCUUGAUCCGUGAGGUGCGCGCCCACUACCCGCAGCUCUACGGCGCGCAGAGCCGUCGGGUGAGCGUGGCAGAGCGGCGGCGUGUGUGGGACGGCAUCGCCGCCAAGAUCAACGGCAUCACCAGCUGGAAGCGCACCGGCCAAGAGGUGCAGAAGCGCUGGAAUGACUUCAAGCGCCGCACCAAGGAGAAGCUGGCCCGCGUGCCGCACUCCACGCAGGGCGCCGGGCCUGCCGCCGAGGACGCCUUCACCGCGGAGGAGGAGACCAUUUUUGCCAUCCUGGGGCCGGGCGUGGCGGGGCCAGGAGCUGGUGCAGGGGCCGAGCCUCCCUCCGGGGCGGCUUCCUCACAGCCGCCGGCCCCGAGUGCCGGCACCCAACGCUACGUGUUGUCCGAGGACCGCAGGGAGGACCGCCGGGCAGAUACACCAGCCCACAGCAAGGGGGGCUCCAGCAGCCCCGAGCAGUGGGCCCGGCCCUCCUGCAGUCCCCAGGAAGGGGGCUGCCCGCCACACAAGGAGCGUGAGUCCCCGCCCCCUCCAGCCCUGCAGACGGUCCAGCUGCCCCGCCUGGCCUUGUCUCCACCGCCCCCAGCCCCUCCGCCGCAGCCACCACCCCAGCCACCUCAGCAGGUGCAUGUGGCACCCUCGUCCCCCAGCCCACCACCUCCUCCGCUGCCACCACCCACGCCCUCGGCCUCAGACCCCUCCCUGGACUUCCUGCGGGCUCAGCAGGAGACUGCCAACGCCAUCCGGGAGCUGGCUGGCACCCUGCAGCAGGGACUGGCCAAACUGAGUGAGGCCCUCAGCGCCCUACUGCCCCUUCUGCCCGGAACGGCCGUGGACAGGCUGCCCCCGCCUCUGCCCCCGCCCCCGCCCCCGCCCCCACCCCCCAGGCCCCUCCUGCCCCCGCCUACCCCCAAAGCCGAGAUCACCCCAGAGCCGGUGUCCGUGGUAGCUGCUGUGGUGGACAGAGCGGUGGUCGCAGCCAGGGGGGUGAUCAUCGCCCCUAGGAGUGAGGAGGGGACCCCCCGGCCACCCCCAGCCCCGCUUCCUCCCCACGACUCACCCCCACACAAGAGGAGGAAAGGCUUCCCUACGCGGAAGAGGCGGGGGCGAUGGAAAUCUCCGUGA